AUGAGUGUUAAACCCUCAGGGCCUGAUCCACAGAGGCUGAACCACAGGGAGAGGAAUGGUGGGCCUGUUCACAUCAGGGGCCCAGUCACAUCAGGGGCCCAGUCACAUCAGGGGCCGCUCACAUCAGGGGCCCGUUCACAUCAGGGGCCCGUUCACAUCAGGGGCCCGUUCACAUCAGGGGCCCGCCCACAUCAGGGGCCCGUUCACAUCAGGGGCCCGUUCACAUCAGGGGCCCGUUCACAUCAGGGGCCGCUCACAUCAGGGGCCCGUUCACAUCAGGGUCCCGCCCACAUCAGGGGCCCAGUCACAUCAGGGGCCCAGUCACAUCAGGGGCCCGCUCACAUCAGGGGCCCGCCCGCAUCAGGGGCCUGUUCACAUCAGGGGCCCAGUCACAUCAGGGGCCCGCCCACAUCAGGGGCCGCUCACAUCAGGGGCCCGCCCGCAUCAGAGGCCUGUUCACAUCAGGGGCCCAGUCACAUCAGGGGCCCAGUCACAUCAGGGGCCGCUCACAUCAGGGGCCCGUUCACAUCAGGGGCCCGUUCACAUCAGGGCCCGUCACAUCAGGGGCCCGCCCGCAUCAGGGGCCGCUCAUCAGGGGCCCGCAUCAGGGCCCGCCACAUCAGGGGCCCUGUCACAUCAGGGGCCCAGUCACAUCAGGGGCCGCUUCACAUCAGGGGCCCGCCCGCAUCAGGGGCCUGUUCACAUCAGGGGCCCAGUCACACCCAUCAGGGCCCGUUCACAUCAGGGGCCCGUUCACAUCAGGGGCCCAGUCACAUCAGGGGCCCGUUCACAUCAGGGGCCCGUUCACAUCAGGGGCCCAGUCACAUCAGGGGCCCGCCCACAUCAGGGGCCCGUUCACAUCAGGGGCCCGUUCACAUCAGGGGCCCGUUCACAUCAGGGGCCCGCCCACAUCAGGGGCCCAGUCACAUCAGGGGCCCAGUCACAUCAGGGGCCCGUUCACAUCAGGGGCCCGCCCGCAUCAGGGGCCUGUUCACAUCAGGGGCCCAGUCACAUCAGGGGCCCGCCCACAUCAGGGGCCCGUUCACAUCAGGGGCCCGUUCACAUCAGGGGCCCAGUCACAUCAGGGGCCCGUUCACAUCAGGGGCCCGUUCACAUCAGGGGCCCAGUCACAUCAGGGGCCCGCCCACAUCAGGGGCCCGGGCACAUCACGGGCCCGCCCACAUCAGGGGCCCGCCCGCAUCAGGGGCCCAGUCACAUCAGGGGCCCAGUCACAUCAGGGGCCCAGUCACAUCAGGGGCCCGCCCGCAUCAGGGGCCCAUUCACAUCAGGGGCCCGUUCACAUCAGGGGCCCGCCCGCAUCAGGGGCCCAGUCACAUCAGGGGCCCAGUCACUUCAGGGGCCCGCCGCAUCAGGGGCCUGUUCACAUCAGGGCCCAGUCACAUCCAUCAGGGCCCGUUCACAUCAGGGGGCCCGUUCAUCAGGGGCCCGUUCACAUCAGGGGCCCAGUCACAUCAGGGGCCCGCCCACAUCAGGGCCCAGUCACAUCAGGCCCAGUUCACAUCAGGGGCCCAGUCACAUCAGGGGCCCGCCCACAUCAGGGGCCCGUUCACAUCAGGGGCCCGUUCACAUCAGGGGCCCGUUCACAUCAGGGGCCCGCCCACAUCAGGGGCCCGCCCGCAUCAGGGGCCCAGUCACAUCAGGGGCCCAGUCACAUCAGGGGCCCGUUCACAUCAGGGGCCCGCCCGCAUCAGGGGCCUGUUCACAUCAGGGGCCCAGUCACAUCAGGGGCCCGCCCACAUCAGGGGCCCGUUCACAUCAGGGGCCCGUUCACAUCAGGGGCCCAGUCACAUCAGGGGCCCGCCCACAUCAGGGGCCCGUUCACAUCAGGGGCCCGUUCACAUCAGGGGCCCGCCCACAUCAGGGGCCCGCCCGCAUCAGGGGCCCAGUCACACCAGGGGCCCGUUCACAUCAGGGGCCCGCCCGCAUCAGGGGCCCAGUCACAUCAGGGGCCCAGUCACAUCAGGGGCCAAGUCACAUCAGGGGCCCGCCCGCAUCAGGGGCCCGUUCACAUCAGGGGCCCGUUCACAUCAGGGGCCCGCCCGCAUCAGGGGCCCAGUCACAUCAGGGGCCCAGUCACAUCAGGGGCCCGCCCGCAUCAGGGGCCCGUUCACAUCAGGGGCCCGUUCACAUCAGGGGCCCGCCCGCAUCAGGGGCCCGUUCACAUCAGGGGCCCGUUCACAUCAGGGGCCCAGUCACAUCAGGGGCCCGUUCACAUCAGGGGCUCGCCCACAUCAGGGGCCCGUUCACAUCAGGGGCCCAUUCACAUCAGGGGCCCAGUCACAUCAGGGGCCGCUCACAUCAGGGGCCCGCCCGCAUCAGGGGCCCGUUCACAUCAGGGGCCCGUUCACAUCAGGGGCCCGCCCGCAUCAGGGGCCCGUUCACAUCAGGGGCCCGUUCACAUCAGGGGCCCGCCCGCAUCAGGGGCCCGUUCACAUCAGGGGCCCGUUCACAUCAGGGGCCCAGUCACAUCAGGGGCCCGUUCACAUCAGGGGCUCGCCCACAUCAGGGGCCCGUUCACAUCAGGGGCCCAUUCACAUCAGGGGCCCAGUCACAUCAGGGGCCGCUCACAUCAGGGGCCCGCCCGCAUCAGGGGCCCGUUCACAUCAGGGGCCCGUUCACAUCAGGGGCCCGCCCGCAUCAGGGGCCCGUUCACAUCAGGGGCCCGUUCACAUCAGGGGCCCAUUCACAUCAGGGGCCCAGUCACAUCAGGGGCCCGUUCACAUCAGGGGCUCGCCCACAUCAGGGGCCCGUUCACAUCAGGGGCCCGCACACAUCAGAGGCCCCACGCAGCCUACAGCUCCUCCUCUGACAGAGAUGUGUUCAAAAGCAUUCAUGCGUUUACCUGGGCAGAAUUAA